AUGGCUGAAGUAAAAAUGUGGUGGGACAAGAACAAGAAGUUGAAGCCCACAGCUCCACCGCCGCCACCGACCGUGACAUGGCGGCCGGAGGGGGAGGAGGAUCCAGCUGCUUCUCUGGCAGCGGCCCGGCCGGAGUUUGGAGAGCAUGGCGGUGUGAACCUAUCAAUCGAAAACUCGAUAACGUUCACGGUGAUGGAAGCGGAGAUGAUGCGUAAGAUGUUCGAAGGGGAGUUGGGUCUGGAACAAGACUUCUUCAUCUACAGCCGCCAUUUCAACCCGACCGUGAUGGCCCUUGGACGAGCGAUGGCGGCGCUGGAAGGGACUGAGGCGGCGUAUUGCACGUCCAGUGGGAUGGCGGCUGUUUCAUCUGUUUUGCUGCAGCUUGUCAGCUCCGGUGGCCAUAUUGUUGCAUCCAGGACGCUCUAUGGCGGCACUCAUGCGUUGCUCUCCCAUUUCCUGCCGAGGGUCUGCAACAUUACGACGUCGUUUGUGGAUGUCAAGGACCAUGCCAUGGUUCGAGAUGCCAUGGUGAAGGGCAAGACGAAGGUGUUGUAUUUCGAGACGGUGGCAAACCCGACACUGACAGUGGCAAACGUCCCCGAGCUCAGUCGGAUGGCGCAUGAGAAGGGAGUGACAGUGGUGGUCGAUAAUACAUUCUCGCCAAUGAUAAUCUCACCGACGAGGCUCGGUGCUGACGUCGUGGUUCAUAGCUGCUCCAAGUUCAUCAGCGGCGGAGCCGACAUAAUUGCCGGUGCGGUUUGUGGGUCGAAAAAAUUAGUGAAUUCCAUGAUGGACCUUCACCAAGGCACCCUAAUGCUUCUUGGGCCAACAAUGAACGCCAAAGUUGCAUCAGAACUCUCUCAAAGAGUCCCUCAUUUAGCCCUCCGAAUGAAAGAGCACUCCCACAGGGCUUUAGUUUUUGCUCAAAGAAUGAAGAAUCUUGGCCUCAAAGUCAUAUACCCUGGCCUCAAAGAUCACCCUGACCACCAUCUUCUAAGCUCCAUAGCCAACAAAGACUACGGCUACGGCGGAGUUCUAUGCAUCGACAUGGGGACCGAAGAGCGAGCCAAUAGACUCAUGAAUCUCCUUCAAAACCAUACUCAUUUCGGUCUCUUAGCUGUAAGCUUGGGCUACUUCGAGACCCUCAUGUCGUGCUCAGGUAGUAGCACGAGUAGCGAGAUGAACGUCGAGGAGAAGGAGCUCGCGGGGAUUUCUCCGGGAUUGAUUAGGAUGUCUGUUGGAUAUGUUGGAACCCUAGAGCAGAAAUGGAGCCAAUUGGAGAAGGCAUUACUAAAGCUGAAUAUUUGA